ACACCGGAAAGACAUUCAGCAGAAGAAGACCUGGAAUGUGACGCUGAAUCUCUGUGCCGAGACAGUCGCACGUGUUGUUUUCAUGGACGUUUAAGUGAUUCAGUUUCUGUCGUAGUGUGAUAUUUCUGUAUUCGAGUAAGGCGUAAAAGUGUACCGACAAAUAUGGGGAAGAAAGUCAAAGUCGGAAAGACCAGAAAAGAUAAAUUCUACCACCUGGCCAAAGAAACAGGUUAUCGCUCUCGUUCUUCCUUCAAACUCAUCCAGCUCAACCGUAAAUUUCAGUUUCUGCAGAAAGCCAGAGCUCUGGUCGACCUGUGUGCUGCGCCUGGUGGAUGGUUGCAGGUGGCGUCCAAGUUUAUGCCUGUAUCAAGUCUCAUUAUUGGUGUUGACCUGGUGCCCAUCAAGCCCAUCCCCAAUGUGGUGACACUGCAAGAAGACAUCACCACUGAGAAAUGCAGACAGGCUUUACGAAAAGAACUGCAGACUUGGAAGGCUGACGUUGUGUUAAACGAUGGAGCCCCCAAUGUGGGAGCCAACUGGCAACAUGAUGCUUUCUCACAAGCUCAUUUGACCCUCAUGGCCCUGAAGUUGGCCUGUGAGUUUCUGACCAAAGGUGGCACUUUUGUCACCAAGGUCUUCCGCUCCAAAGACUACCAGCCGCUGCUCUGGAUCUUCCAGCAGUUCUUCAAGAAGGUGCAGGCCACCAAGCCGCAAGCGUCUAGGAACGAGUCAGCUGAGAUCUUUGUUGUCUGUCAUGGUUUUGUUGCUCCAGACAAAAUCGACAGUAAGUUCUUUGACCCCAAGCAUGCGUUCAAAGAGGUGGAGGUGCAGGCCAAAACUGUCAAGGAGCUGAUUCCUGUCAAGAAACCAAAGGCGGAGGGAUACGCAGAUGGCGAUCUGACACUCUUCCACAGUUUCACAGUGACACAGUUUCUGAAAGCUGAAAACCCUGUAGACUUCCUGAGCAAAACCAGUGAGAUCACCUUUGACAACAAAGACCUCGAGUCUCACUCGGCCACGAGCGCUGAGAUAAAGGAGUGCUGUAGUGACAUCAAAGUCUUGGGCCGCAAAGACCUGCGCCUGCUGCUGAACUGGAGGUCCAAGCUGAGGAGAUAUUUGGCAAAAAAACUGAAGACGGAGGCCAAACAGCUCGACCAGGAGAUCAACUUAAGUUCUGAUGAAGAAGAGGGUGGUUCAGAGGACGAAGCAGACCAUAAGAAAGAACAGAAGCAGGAAGAGGAGGACGAGGAGGCAGAAAUGGAGAAGAAACUGGCCGAACUGAAAGCCGAGGAGGUGGCUGAGCUCAAACGGAAGAAGAGGAAGCUGCUGAAGGAGCGGAGGAAGCAGAGGGAGAGGGUGGAGCUGAAGAUGGACCUACCCGGCGUCUCCAUAGCAGAUACAAACGACUCAUCCUUGUUCUCCCUCGGCACCGUCAAUAAGCAAAAGGUGCUGGCUGAUAUUUCCAAGGGGGACAUGCAGGCAGCAGACACCCUGGUUGAUGGAGACGACGACCUCCACCUAUCUGACGAAGAGGACGACGAUUCAGAUAAAAUGUCCCUGGCCUCCGAUUUAGAUGAUGAAGACAUGGAAGAGGUGGAGGAGAGACAGAAAGAGCUGGACAGGAAAGCACCAAAGAAGAAAGUAAAAUUCACUGUUGAAGAGGAGCAGGGUGAAGGGGAGGAAAGUGGCCUGCUGGUGGAACUGGAGGGAAAAGAUGAGAAGAAAGAACGGGAGACCAACCUGUGGUUCAGCAAGAGCAUCUUCUCUGAAAUCAACCUGGAAGGAGACGCCGACAGCGAGCUUCGACAGACCGAGUGGCUUCAGAAUAAACAAACCGAAAAAGGCAAAAAGAGGAAAGCUGAAGAGAAAGAGGAGGAGGAGGAGGAGGUGGAAGGCCAGGAGGAGUCUGCCUCACCAGAGGAAGGGAAGGCGGGACCCUCACAGGAAGCUGCAAAGGAGAGUGACAGCGACUCGGACGACAGCAGCGAUGAUGAGAAUGAGAUCACGAGGAUGAAGCAGGCCAAAGGGGCUGGUGGGAUGUUGGGAGCAGCUGAUGACGAUGACUUCCAGGUUGUUCCUGUUGAAAGUACCAGUAAGAAAGCCAGGAUCCUGGAUGCAGAAGGCCUGGCCCUGGGCUGUCAGAUCGCCACAUCCAAGAAGACAGCCAGGGACCUGUUGGACGGCUCCUUCCACAGGUUUGCGAGCUCGGAGCAGCCGUGGGAGGUACCGGAGUGGUUUCUGGACGACGAACGGAAACACCGGAAGAAGCCGGUGCCGGUCACCAGGGAGAUGGUGGAGGAGUACAAAGAGAAGUGGAAGGAGAUCGACGCUCGACCCAUCAAACGAGUUGCUGAGGCCAAAGCCAGGAAGAAGAGGAGGAUGCUGAAGAAGAUGGAGCAGGCUAAAAAGAAAGCAGAGGCGGUCGUCAACACAGUGGACAUCUCAGAGAGGGAGAAAAUGGCCCAGCUGAAGAGUAUCUACAAGAAAGCAGGUCUUGGGAAGGAGAAGAGAGAAGUGACAUACGUUGUGUCCAAAAGGGGAGCUGGCAAGAAGGUGCGACGGCCCCCUGGCGUCAAGGGAGCCUUCAAAGUGGUGGACAGUCGCAUGAAGAAAGACAUGCGGGGAAUGCAGAGGAAAGAACAGCGUGCUAAAGGGGGCAAGGGAAAAGGCGGCAAAGGAAAAACAGGACAGUCGAGGGGUGGAAAAGGAGGGCUGAAGAGUGGUAAAGGACGGAAAUGAAGAUAUUUCUGAAUCCACAAAAGUAUCACAAUCCUGCAUUUCUAACGUUAUUACACAUUGCCCGGUCUCAAGUUGCAGGCGAGCAUUUAUUCAGCUUGGUGAGCUGAGAUUCCUGCCGCUGUUCAGGCUCCUGUGCCACGUACACGAGCCAAGAUGAACUUUCACAGGGAUGCUCUCUUUUUAGCAGCCUUUGGUGAGGUUCCUUAAACUCCAGGACACUUGAGACAUCUUCUGGAGGUAUUUAAAUGACAGUGAACGAAGAGUUAUUGAACGGAUGAAUUGCAAAUUGCGGUAAAUCAAGUGAAACAUAAUAACAAAACAUUGUGUUUUCUAGAAACGUUGGUAUCAAUAUUGUAAAUAUUAUAUACACAUCUUUGCAAUAAAUGUUUUGUUUGAAUGA